UGACCAGACGCGGACAGUUGGGAAUAUACCACGCAUUGCCCUCCGAUUCACAUCGACAAAAAAUUUUGGUCUGUGAACUUCGUGCGGAUAAAAUUCGAUUUGAACGCCAGCGAAAAUAUGCAAAAUAAAGUGAAAUACCAGUGCCUCGCGGACGAGGAGCGCGUCAGCGAAGAGUCCUGCAGCCAUUAAAGUCCAGAGAGCAUUAAAAGUUCUGAGAAUUUCGCGGGAAAGGUGCGUUUUUCGCUUGGCCUUUCGCAAGCAGGAGAAGAAGAAGCAGCAGCAGUACAAACAGCAAUAGUGUAGUUGUGAUCGAAAAUCGAAAGUGUGAAGCAUUCUCUAUAAAUAGUGCAAAAUCAAAGCCCAAUUCCCACUGCAAACAAAAGCGCAGUAAAGCAACAAUAGCAACAACAGUAAGACAGCGGCGAUCUAACAGCGCUACAUACAUAGCUACACACCUCUGGAGCAGUCGAGCGUUCUCACAGAGCGCCUGCUCUGCAGCAAGUAGCAGGAUUAUCUGAAGGAUCGUCCGUCUGGCCAAGAAGGAUCAUCCAAGAUGUCCUCGCUGGACGCGCGCAACAACUCGGCGAUGAUGAAGCGCGCCGAGCAGCUGAAGCGCUGGGAGGAGUCGGACACCAACCGCGCCGCCCCCACCCCCCGCCACGAGCACGGGCGCAGGAUCAAGUUCAGCUCCGGCUGCGUCUUCCUCGCCGCCUGCCUCUCCGGCGACAAGGACGAGGUCGUCCAGCUGCUCGACCAGGGCGCGGACAUCAACACCGCCAACGUCGAUGGACUCACCGCCCUGCACCAGGCGUGCAUAGACGACAAUCUGGACAUGGUGGAGUUUCUGGUGGAGCGAGGUGCCGACAUAAACCGCCAGGAUAACGAGGGCUGGACGCCCCUGCACGCCACUGCCUCCUGCGGAUUUGUGAGCAUAGCUCGGUAUUUGGUGGAGAAUGGCGCUGAUGUGGCCGCUGUGAACAGCGAUGGCGAUCUGGCAUUGGAUUUGGCCAUCGAUGUGCAGCACAUGGCCAUGAUUGACUACAUGGAGAAGAUGGUGCAGGAGCUGAACAUCAAUGUGGAUGAGGCUCGAAAGGCCGAGGAGCAGGCGAUGCUGAACGAUGCCAAAAAGUGGCUGAGAAGCGAUGCCGCCGAGGUGGAUAGACCGCACCCGAAAACGGGAGCCACUGCCCUCCACGUAGCCGCCGCAAAGGGUUACACGAAAGUGCUGGGCCUGCUCCUGGCAGGACGUGGCAAUGUGGAUCGCCAGGAUAACGAUGGCUGGACGCCGCUGCACGCGGCAUCGCAUUGGGGUCAGCGGGAAACGGCCGAGAUGCUCGUGGAGUCACUGGCCGACAUGGAUAUCCGAAACUAUGCCGGGCAGUCAUGCAUCGAUGUGGCCGAUCGCAAAAUAGUCAAAUUCCUGGAAGAACUGCGGGCCAACAAACGCAACAAGCGGCGACCAUCUAGUCAAAUAAGCAGAAUCUCAGAUGCAAUGGAAAAUCAUGUGGACAAGACACCCACUAAACUGGUGCGCGUUGAAGUGAGAACUGAUGCCACAAAGGAUGCUGAGAACGUCAAGCCCAACCAGCAGAUCCACGCCGUCGAGCAUCCAGUCGAGGAGGAGGCGCCAUGGCGACGCAAACUGCCCCGGACACCCAACGACAGUCCCACUAAUAAUCAAGUUCCUGAUAGAGAGCUUAGCAGCAAUAGCUCGGAGACCGCCAACGACGUCAUUUUGCGGCGCACGCAAAGCUUUGAGAACGAUCAAAAGUUCUAUCAAAAGUACAAUGAGCUGCGGGCCCGCAUAAAGGCCAACUCCUGUCCCAUUUUGCCGGCGAAUGCGAAUGCUAGUGCCGCUGCUGCCAAUAAAUCCAAUAACAAUAACAACCUAAGUAGCAAUAACUAUCAUAAUAACAACAAUAACAACAACAAAAGCGAUCUGCUAUUGGGAUAUGCUGCUGGCACCACAACCACAACGACAACAAGCACCUCCACAACAACAACAACAUCCAGUACAUUCAACAACACCCACUCGAACACCAACAACACAAGCACAACACAACAAGCACAACAGCAACCAGCAGCAGCAUCGGCAGCAAAUCAAUCAUAUAGCGUACAAAGAUCGGCCUCACUCAAAGAUAACUCAAUGUAUUACAGGAAACCGACCAUUGCGAUUGGCACGCCCACGAGCACAGCAGCCACGGCGAUCAAUUCUCCAUCGACAACUGUACAGACCCCACCAAUUCGCAGCCAAGUUACAGCGAAAAUAGCAGAAAAGAGCAAUAAUGGCAGCUCGUCCACGGCCAGUGUCAGCGAUGCGGAGAGCUCCAAGCCACCGCCCAAGCAAUCCGCGAGCAAUAUGAUCAAGAACUUCUUCAAAUCCUUUGUGCCACCGGUGCGUGAUGAAGAGAGCGAAACGCAGCGAAAGGCACAUGCUAAGCGCGUGAGGGAGACUCGCCGGUCCACCCAAGGUGUGACCCUGGACGAGAUCAAGAGUGCCGAGGAGCUGGUUAAGAAGAAGAACAUGGGCAUGGCCAACAACAACAAUAACAACAAUAUCAGCACCACCACCACGAACACGAUCAGCAACAGCGGCAACGAAACAAGCUCUGCAUCAUCGACAUCAGCUCCAACACCAUCAAUCCUCGGCAGCAAUGAGCAGCAGGACGAGCUGCAACCACCGCCACCGCCCACCACACCACCGCCAGCCAUAAUACCCACCACAACAACGGCCACCGAUGAGACGGAGAUCGAGGAGGUGGUGUCCGAUCCUCCAGCUGGCCAAAGUCAGAACGAUACGACUGCUAGCUUUACGCUAUCCGCUCCCGUGCGAAGAUCCCUAUCGGCCGAUAGAGAGGCCGAUGCCAAUAGUGAUCCGGAGGGUGAUCAGGAUCAGACGGUGGUCAGUGCCAGCUAUACGAUAAUGCCCAGGCGGGAAAGGCUACCCGAAAGCUCAGAGAAUGUAGAGAGCAUAAGAUCGCCACAAAAGACUGACCCAGUUGCCAAAACCUCCAGCGAGGAGAAGGCGGAGGAGCCCCCACAUGCCAGGCCCACGGAUCUGCCACUGAUUCCGGCUCCCGCUGCUCCUAGCACAGAAGCUAUCAAAUCAUCCUCGGCGGCAACUACGCCCGCUGCCCUCGAGAGUCCAGUGCGCUUGCGGGACAAGCGGGGUCUGUCCGGCAGCCAGGAAUCCGAAACCAAGUCCGAUACCGCCUCGCCCGUGUCCUCACAUCCGGACUUCAAUGCCCGGGACUCGCUACUCAGUCUAUACGCCCGACGCACAACGGACAGCGGCGCGGGAGGAGGAGGAGGUGCUGGUGGUGCAGGUGGUGCGGGUGGAGCUGCAUUCUCGUCUUCAACUUCGGCAGCAGAACGGCGUCCCUCUUGGCGCCUGAAAUUCGAUGCCGGCUCCAAGUUCAAGUUGGAGGACAUAACCAGCGGUGGCACAUAUCCGCCCAACAACAGCACCAUCAUACCCAGUGCUCCGGCAGUAAUGGCAGCCGCCAACCUAUCAACCACAACUGGUGUCCAGAGGCGCAUCAGCAGCGGUCCCAAUGCACUAAAUGCUUCCAAUCAGUCGCUCAACUCUGUGGGUCGUCCAGUUUCCGCGCCCAGCGAGGGCACGAACAACAGUGCCUAUGUCACGCCCUCAGCUCGCAAGUUUGAGACGAAUGCCACGCCUACGGGAGCGACCACUGCAGCGACCACGACUAGCAACUCAACCUCCAAUUCAGUGUCUGCAACCAGUGCCAAUCAUACAGCGGCUACGGCACCAAAUGCCACGUCAAACCAUGACGAUAAGGAUAAUGAUAAGGAGAACGAUAAUCGCACACAGACCGUCAUUCAGAGGAGACGCAAGCCGAAGCGCAGAUCAACGGGCGUGGUGCACAUCGAUAUGGAUGAACUGGAUCCCGAGCGACAGAACGAAUCGUCCAACAACGACAACGAGGAGAAGGAGAAGGAGAGUGGCAGUGAGCGGACAUCCCGUUCCCGCCUGGGCAGCACCGCGAGUACGGCCACCACCAGCGAGUCAAAGAGCUCCAGUAGUAAUGACAAGACCGAGAAUGGCGAUGGCAUUGACUACAAGGCGCUCUGGGAAGCGGAAAAAUUGGAGAACGAUAAGCUGAGGCAGAUGCUCAAGCAGAAGGACGAUGAAGCCGUGCAGACACGUGCAACGCUCGAGAGAUUCGCCAAUGCCACAACGAAAAAUUCACUAUCUGAACUUGAGAAACGCGAAAGAAGAGCUAUGGAACGCAAGCUUUCCGAGUUGGAAGAAGAGCUCAAGCUAUUGCAGAAGCUAAAGACUGAGAACGAUCGUCUGCGAGCCGAGAAUCGGGCCCUUACGCGGGUCGUCUCCAAGCUGACAACCUCGGCUCAGAGUCAGCUGGCCAAGACCAAAUAGGCGCAGAUCAAAAGCAUUUAGAUUGCCCAGCACCAGCCCACAUACACCCCAAAAUUCUCACGCCCCUUGCUCAAAAGCACAAUGUCGCGAAUAUCGUUAUAUCGUUUCUCUUAGAACUGGAAAAUCAUCGAUGUUUUUGCAGGUAAACAUCGAUAGCCAAUAAUCAUCGAUGUUUUUCUUGCUUCUAUUUCGUUACUCAAUACUUAACACACCUCGAUGUCGUUAAACCUAUUAUAUGGAUAUUUAAGCAUAACCGAAAGCAACAAUAACUAAAUGUAUCGUAGCUAAAUUUAAGUUCUAAUUGAGCUCAUCGGCUUUGGACUGGUCACUGGUAAUAUAACAUAUGGUAUUUACAUAUACAUAUAUACUACGACUCCUUGGGAGUUAUUAUAUACUACAGACCCUUUGAUAGAACCGCAAAUUUCGAAAAGUAGUUAAUUUUUUAAUAGUAAAAUAUUACUCCCACGGCUUGUUCGUUUUUGGUAACCUACAAAAUUCGCUAGGUGCAAAUGUUUCGAAUUUCAAAUGUAAUUUAUAUCGAACUAUAUCAUAUGGUAACUACAGACCACUGUACGGCUGAUAUGCACUUAUAAAUCAAAAGUUAGACCACUCUCGAAUCAAAUCAAAGUAAAGCUCAUCAAAACCAACGAGAUCAAACAUCAAGUCCCCACCACCAAACAAGAUAAAUAACAGCAUCUGCGAUUAGCGGCCCAAGGAUCUGGAGGCUAUAUAUAGGGUCUCCAAAAGUCGAUCAUCAGGGAGAGCGAAGUGGUCUAGUUGGUGAUGCUGGAAGCUUAACGGUAAAUGCCCCACCACUGACACUCAAUUGAGCCAUUCUAAGAACCUGCGCCCCAAUAUUAUGAGCUGGCUGUUGUUUUGUUGUUAUACACAUACCACUUAUAAAGAAUAUAAUAAAAUUUAUUAUAGCUAUAACUGUAACAUGGAGUGUUUCAAACUGAUGGAGAAUGGUUGGAAACAACGAGCAAUUAAAUACUGAAUUACUUUUUAAAAUGUUUUAAGAAAUAAUAUAUUUGUUUAAUUAGGAUAGAAAGUACAGAAUUGAACAAUUGUUAUAAAAUGUGGAUAAGAGCUGAGUUGCAUUCAAUCCACCAACGUUUUGAAACACUCUGAAUGUACAUAUAAACAAUACUUACUUAAUUACUCUUUAAAUAAUGUCUAUUAAACUAUACUAUGGAUUUA